AUGAUCAACAGCCCCCUGGCCUUGUGUGGCCUGCGUGGAAACAACAAACACUGGCUCGCAGUGGAGCAACACUCGGGGACCAGAGAGACCAUCACUGACAGAGAACAGUGUGAAUGUGACACAGAUAGGACAACAUAUGAUAAUUUCCAUAAAACCUAUGUGAAUGCAAAUGAUACGGUGUCUAACUCUGUGGACGACAUCAGUAAUUACAAUGACACCGUGUCUAAGUCUGUGGACGACAUCAGUAAUUACAAUGACACCGUGUCCUACUCUGUGGACGACAUCAGUAAUUACAAUGAUACUGUGUCUAACUCUGUGGACGACAUCAAUUAUUACAAUGAUACCGUGUCUAACUCUGUGGACGACAUCAGUAAUUACAAUGAUACCGUGUCUAACUCUGUGGACGACAUCAGUAAUUACAAUGAUACCGUGUCUAACUCUGUGGACGACAUCAGUAAUUACAAUGACACCGUGUCUUACUCUGUGGACGACAUCAGUAAUUACAAUGGCACCGUGUCUAAUUCUGUGGACGACAUCAGUAAUUACAAUGACACCGUGUCUAACUCUGUGGACGACAUCAGUAAUUUCAAUGUAACCGUGUCUAACUCUGUGGACAACAUCAGUAAUUAUAAUGACACCGUGUCUUACUCUGUGGACGACAUCAGUAAUCACAAUGACACCGUGUCUAACUCUGUGGACGACAUCAGUAAUUACAAUGACACCGUGUCUUACUCUGUGGAUGACAUCAGUAAUUUCAAUGUUACCGUGUCUAACUCUGUGGACGACAUCAGUAAUUACAAUGACACCGUGUCUUACUCUGUGGACGACAUCAGUAAUUACAAUGACCCCGUGUCUAACUCUGUGGACGACAUCAAUUAUUACAAUGGUACAGUGUCUAACGCUGUGGACGACAUCAGUAAUUACAAUGACACCGUGUCUAAGUCUGUGGACGACAUCAGUAAUUACAAUGACACCGUGUCCUACUCUGUGGACGACAUCAGUAAUUACAAUGAUACUGUGUCUAACUCUGUGGACGACAUCAAUUAUUACAAUGAUACCGUGUCUAACUCUGUGGACGACAUCAGUAAUUACAAUGAUACCGUGUCUAACUCUGUGGACGACAUCAGUAAUUACAAUGAUACCGUGUCUAACUCUGUGGACGACAUCAGUAAUUACAAUGACACCGUGUCUUACUCUGUGGACGACAUCAGUAAUUACAAUGGCACCGUGUCUAAUUCUGUGGACGACAUCAGUAAUUACAAUGACACCGUGUCUAACUCUGUGGACGACAUCAGUAAUUUCAAUGUAACCGUGUCUAACUCUGUGGACAACAUCAGUAAUUAUAAUGACACCGUGUCUUACUCUGUGGACGACAUCAGUAAUUACAAUGACACCGUGUCUAACUCUGUGGACGACAUCAGUAAUUACAAUGACACCGUGUCUUACUCUGUGGAUGACAUCAGUAAUUUCAAUGUUACCGUGUCUAACUCUGUGGACGACAUCAGUAAUUACAAUGACACCGUGUCUUACUCUGUGGACGACAUCAGUAAUUACAAUGACCCCGUGUCUAACUCUGUGGACGACAUCAAUUAUUACAAUGGUACAGUGUCUAACGCUGUGGACGACAUCAGUAAUUACAAUGACACCGUGUCUAACUCUGUGGACGACAUCAGUAAUUACAAUGACCCCGUGUCUAACUCUGUGGACGACAUCAAUUAUUACAAUGGUACAGUGUCUAACGCUGUGGACGACAUCAGUAAUUACAAUGACACCGUGUCUAACUCUGUGGACGACAUCAGUAAUUACAAUGACCCCGUGUCUAACUCUGUGGACGACAUCAAUUAUUACAAUGGUACAGUGUCUAACGCUGUGGACGACAUCAGUAAUUACAAUGACACCGUGUCUAACUCUGUGGACGACAUCAGUAAUUACAAUGAUACCGUAUCUAACUCUGUGGACGACAUCAGUAAUUACAAUGUUACCGUGUCUAACUCUGUGGACAACAUCAGUAAUUAUAAUGACACCGUGUCUUACUCUGUGGACGACAUCAGUUAUUACAAUGACCCCGUGUCUAACUCUGUGGACGACAUCAGUAAUUACAAUGACACCGUGUCUUACUCUGUGGAUGACAUCAGUAAUUUCAAUGUUACCGUGUCUAACUCUGUGGACGACAUCAGUAAUUACAAUGACACCGUGUCUUACUCUGUGGACGACAUCAGUAAUUACAAUGACCCCGUGUCUAACUCUGUGGACGACAUCAAUUAUUACAAUGGUACAGUGUCUAACGCUGUGGACGACAUCAGUAAUUACAAUGACACCGUGUCUAACUCUGUGGACGACAUCAGUAAUUACAAUGACCCCGUGUCUAACUCUGUGGACGACAUCAAUUAUUACAAUGGUACAGUGUCUAACGCUGUGGACGACAUCAGUAAUUACAAUGACACCGUGUCUAACUCUGUGGACGACAUCAGUAAUUACAAUGACCCCGUGUCUAACUCUGUGGACGACAUCAAUUAUUACAAUGGUACAGUGUCUAACGCUGUGGACGACAUCAGUAAUUACAAUGACACCGUGUCUAACUCUGUGGACGACAUCAGUAAUUACAAUGAUACCGUAUCUAACUCUGUGGACGACAUCAGUAAUUACAAUGCCAUUGAGAAUUUGUAUGCAAAUGUUGAUGAUAAUGAGAAGUAA